GUGAACGACCUGCCCCGGCUCGGGGCUCGGGUUUACGGACCGGCGAACUAGAUCUGUCGGCAGGAGUGAAGCUAUAUAAUGCCUGCAUGAUGGACAAAGAAUUAGAAGCUGAAAUCCACCCCUUGAAACAUGAUGACAAAACAUCUCAGAGGAAUUUGGAAAACCGAACUGAAAAGGAUGACCUUUUUAAGAAAGCAUCUCGGCAUUCCCAGUUUGCCCAGUGCCGCACAGUGCUUUUUUUCUUUUCAUUAUUUACCUGUCUCUUUGUGGUAUUUAUCAUCUCAUUCAUCAUCCCAUGUCCAGAUCGACCAAUAUCACAAAAAAUGUGGAAAAUAAACUAUGAGAGAGCAGUAACCUAUGACUUCAUGAUGUUUAAAGAUAUAAAUAAGGACAGAGUUCAAGAUGUUCUUUUUCUUCACAAAGAUGGUGGCAGCAGCAGCAAUGGUUUUAACAGAUCCUGCACAGAUGAAGGCUUUUCUUCACCAUGUACCUUUCUUGCUGCUGUGUCGGGUACCAAUGGCAGCUUGCUCUGGGAUAGGCCUGUUGCUCAGGACAUUGCCUUCAUAGAGUGUGUUGGCCCCCAGGGGAUGGAUGAGCCACCCUGGAGCUGCUUCAUUGUGGGGAAGCCCAGAUCUCUCAUUGCAGUUAAUUCUUCCACAGGGGAAACACUGUGGAAUCAGUCUGACACUUUUGGAGGUAAUGCCUCAGUACUGCGCCCCUUCCUGAAUAUACCUGAUGUGAAUGGUGAUGAGAUCCAAGAUUUACUACUCUUCACCAAAUCAGGGGGAGAGAUUCAAAGUUACAUCUUUUCAGGCAAUACUGGCGACCAGAUUGGUUCUACGCACAGCCUAAAUCUAGAAGGAGAAGUUGGUUAUAUCAUGCAUGUCACAAAGAUCGGCGCCUACUAUGUUAUUUUUCAUUCUGCUUCUUCCCUCUACGGAUAUUCUCUAAAGGAACUUUAUGAGGAAAUGACUGGAAAAAGAAGUAUAUUUGAGGAAGAUCCUUAUAUGAAGAAAAUAAUUGAUAAUGUUACCCAUAGAAUGCCUCCUUUUCACAGCUCGGGAGCCAUCCGCUACCUAAUGAAUAUUCCUGCCAAGAAUGACAUAUUCCUUGUGAAAUCAGAUGCAUGUGAGAUGCUUGAUGGGCAGAAGCUUACUACGAAGUGGACCUUUAAUGCAUCUGAAGUUGUGAGAAAACCAGUCCUUGGCUACUACAAACCAGAUGCACUUGCUAUAGUCCUUGAAAAUGGAACUGAUGUCCAAAGAAAGAUCUCGAUUGUGGACAUCGCCUCGGGAGUCCUCCUUUGGAGCCUGCCCCUGAGCUUAAUGCCAAGGAGUCCAAAGACAGCCACCAUGCAGACAGCAGACCGACGUUCUGUCUUCUUCUUCUGGGGCAGUAGUAAAGUGACUGGCCCCAACCAGACGGAAACUGUCGACUUCCAGCAAAACGUGUAUAUGUUUCACCCCACUUUGCCGGACAGUCUUUUGGAAAUUGCCAACUUUACCCAAAACAUUGUGGCCUUUGAUGUGGUGAUAUUUGAGGAGAAUCACCAUGCCUCUUAUGUGUUGCUGACUGGGCCUACGAAUCAAGACCAGCCUGGACAGGUGUCUUUAUCAAAGCAAAAGGUGAAGGAAAACAUCCUAAAUAGUAAAGUGAUCUGGCUGAUAAAGGCAAAGCCUGACAGUGACCAGACCAUUAAGGACCGGUUUUAUGAGCUGAGAUACAGGAGGGAAAAAUGAACUCAUCAGUCAGAGGGUUUCUGUUUUUUUCCCCCUUCAUUUUUUUUUGUCCUUUCUCCCUAAGAAACCAACUGAAGAAAUUAAAAAUCCAAGAAAACUCUACUUUUCACAUAGUCUCCAAACUGACCUAUCUUGUACAAAGGCCAGAAGCACAGUUUCCUACUCUUGCUGAGACAGAAUUGGAGUCAUUUGACCCAAGUCUCUCUCCAGGUGCCUUAUUCUGAGACUCAAGAGUUUUGAUUGGCAUUUUGUAAGGAACAAUUAGAAAAGGUAACUCAAGGGAAGUUAUAUUACAUCUCUUCUAGCCUCUAACCCCACUUUCUCUGUGUGGCUUCACUCCUUUGCCCUGGGCAUUUCUGAAGGGGGGAGGGGGAUUUUUCCCCUUGUGAUUCUCUGUGAGGCUUAGUAUGUGGAACCUAACUGAAUUCCAAACAGAUUCUCCCUCCAUGGUCUCUCGUGUUCACAGCCAUGGCCAAAGUUUCUCUAGAAAUAGUCUUAGGAGGUCCUGCCUACCCUUUCCCCUCCAAGUUAAACAUGAGGCCAUUCACUUUACUGUAGGGCCAGCUUAUUUCAUUUCUUCUGAGAUUUUCUCUUUCCUCCUUGAAGACAUAAUGGGCUCUGAGACUGCCAAGUUAGUGUGUAAGAGGGAUGGGACACUUUCUUGGUGAUAACUCUUUCUGGGUUAAGGAGCAUCUUCAUCUAGCCAAGUUCAAGGAAGCCCCCAAGGUUCCUGAGGAAGGAAAUAAGGGAGCUGGGGUUGGGUUUGGGGAUUGACUCUGAGAUGCUGAAGCCUUCGGGAAUUUCUGAAGCAGAUCAUAAUCUGGGACUUCAGAUCAUCCCUCUUCUAGCCUUACUAGACUUGCUGUGGAAACACUUGUUCCUGGUCUGACAGCAGCAUCUAUUUUUUUUUAAGAAGUCUUUAUUCUUUUUUUUUUUUAGACCCUUAACU